ACUCUCACUCUAGCUAGCGAUCGAGCCUCUGCCCACCACCCUCUCCGCUACAGCCUCCCGCCUCGUGUGUGUGUUUAACCCAUAGCUCACAAACAUGUCCACAGCGCCUCACAGCAGAAAGAAAGUGUGCUACUACUAUGACAGUGACAUCGGAAACUACUACUACGGUCAAGGGCAUCCAAUGAAACCCCACCGUAUUCGGAUGACUCACAACCUGCUGCUUAACUAUGGACUGUACCGUAAGAUGGAAAUUUAUAGGCCCCAUAAAGCCACGCAGGACGAGAUGACGAAAUUCCAUAGCGAUGAUUAUAUCCGGUUCAUCCGAAGCAUCCGGCCGGACAACAUGAAUGAAUACAAUAAACAGAUGCAGAAGUUCAACGUCGGCGAGGACUGCCCAGUGUUUGACGGCCUGUACGAGUUCUGCCAGCUGUCGUCUGGAGGGUCCAUCGCAGGGGCUGUGAAAUUAAACAAACAGGCGUGUGAUAUUGCCGUCAACUGGGCUGGCGGGCUGCAUCAUGCUAAGAAGAGUGAAGCUUCGGGUUUCUGCUACGUGAACGACAUUGUGCUGGCCAUCCUGGAACUCCUCAAGUACCACCAGAGGGUCUUGUACAUAGAUAUUGACAUCCAUCAUGGCGACGGUGUUGAGGAAGCCUUCUACACCACCGAUCGGGUCAUGACAGUGUCGUUCCACAAGUAUGGCGAAUAUUUUCCUGGAACUGGCGAUCUGAGGGACAUCGGAGCAGGAAAAGGGAAAUAUUACGCCGUUAAUUUUCCACUGAGGGACGGAAUUGACGACGAGAGCUACGAGAGCAUCUUUGUUCCUAUUCUGACAAAGGUCAUGGAGACAUACCAGCCGUCCGCGAUUGUCCUGCAGUGCGGCGCGGACUCCCUCUCUGGCGACAGGUUAGGCUGCUUCAACCUGACUCUCAAGGGUCAUGCCAAGUGCGUCGAAUUCGUCAAGAAGUACAACCUGCCGCUUCUUUUACUUGGGGGUGGCGGCUACACCAUUCGAAACGUAGCUCGUUGCUGGACCUUCGAGACUGCCGUAGCCCUGAGCACCGACAUCGCUAACGAACUCCCCUACAACGAUUAUUUUGAGUACUUUGGCCCAGAUUUCAAACUGCACAUCAGCCCGUCAAACAUGGCCAAUCAAAAUACCCCAGAGUACCUUGACAAGAUCAAGACCCGUUUGUUUGAGAACCUGAGGAUGCUGCCCCAUGCGCCUGGUGUUCAGAGCAUCGCAAUUCCCGAGGACGGCCUGGCAGAGGAGAGCGAGGACGAAGACAAGGUCAGCCCGGACGAGAGGAUAUCAAUUCGCGCAUCGGACAAACGCAUCGCGCCCGACAAUGAAUACUCCGACUCAGAGGACGAGGGGGAGGGGGGGCGGAGGGACGAGAGGGCCUUCAAGCCGAAAAAGAAGAGCAAGACGUCCGAGGAGGCCCCGUCUGCGAACAAUGGAACGGAAGAGGGCGUCGGGAAGAAGGACAUCAUGUCUGGCAAGGAGGAGAAGGCUGGUGGGGGUGGUGGGGGGGGUGGGGGUGUGGCUGGGCAGGGCGAGGCUAAGGUAGAAUCCUGAGAUUGUGUUUAGGGUAGGUUAGGUUAGGUUAGGGUCUGUUUGUGUGUGUGUGUGUGUGUGUGUUUGUGUAUGUGUGUGUUUGUGUGUGUGUGUGGGUAUUUGAUAUUUCAUCCAGAGUGUGUGUGUGUGUGUGUGUGUGUGUGUGUGUGUGUGUGUGUGUGUGUGUGUGUGUGUGUGUGUGUGUGUU